CUCAUUCAGGCAUUCCUACACCAGAGCCACAGCGAGAGCGGUGCUGCGGGCUUGGCAACUUACCUUUUCUGGAGCCAGGAAAAGCGCACAUGCGAAAUUACCGCUACUUAUUAUUUGUAACAAUUUACCCCGGGAAUAAAGGGUAGCAGAGACAUCACGGUAAAACGAAGGCUGUACCUGGCGUUGUUUAAGGCAAUCAAGAGGCAGCGGAUACAACGCCAUUAAAGAUAAAAAAAAGUAUACGUGUUUUGAGAGUGUGAGGAGCCUUUUGAAGUCAUACUGUGAAAAGUAGGAGCGAGUCUGGUUAUAAACUUGGAAAAAAAAAGGUGCGGGACUUCCUAACACCAGUAGAGUGCACUCGGCUACUCACACACUCGGUCCAUUCCCAGGGGCUGCACAGUGUUUCUUCAGCACCUCAGAAACAUUGUAAAUUAGCGAUUUCAAGGACAGCAGCCGCCUCGCUUGCGACUCCAGCAUUACUACUGCGUAAACUCUAGGAGCUCGCUACCUCCUUUCUCGCACUCCUGUGAUUUUUUUUUUGAUUUUCCGAGAAGCCAGGAUUAGCAAGUGUAACGUAACCCAAAAUAUCUGAAUACUGAGCUUUCCUUUCUGAAUACGUACUUGGAUUUAAAAGGGGCAACAGUUAGAAAAAAAGUGCAUCGUCUUCAGCAGUUACAAUGGGAUUGUGGAUAAAGUUGAUGCUUUUCUCCAGUGCGUGCUUGGCAGUGACUGGUGACUUUGACGGCAGGUGGCCCAGGCAGCUGGCCUCCUCAAAUGGACUGUGCCGCUAUGGAGCCAGAAUAGACUGCUGUUGGGGAUGGACGCGCCGGUCCUGGGGUCACUGCCAACCUCUCUACGUCUUAAGGCACAGAGUAUUCGGGAUAAGGUGCCAGCCCCAAGCUCUCUGCCAGCAUGGAUGUAAGCACGGGGAAUGUGUAGGACCAAAUAAGUGCAAGUGUUACCCAGGAUACACCGGAAAGACCUGUAAUCAAGAUGAGCAGGAAUAUGUAACCCCCCCAAUUUGGGACAGUCACCCUCCUAUCUUUCUCCCCCCGGACCUCCAGCCUGCAGGUGUACCUCCAUUGGAUCUCAACGAAUGCGGACUGAAGCCAAGGCCUUGCAAGCACAGGUGUAUGAACACCUAUGGAAGUUACAAAUGCUACUGCCUGAACGGGUACAUGCUGAUGCCUGAUGGGACAUGUGGAAACGCCCAUUCCUGUGCCAUGGCAAAUUGCCAGUACGGCUGCGAUGUGGUGAAAGGAGAGGUCAGAUGUCGCUGCCCAUCUCCAGGGCUACAGCUGGGGCCCGAUGGCAGGACCUGUAUAGACGUAGACGAAUGUUCUAGCGGAAGGGCAGUGUGUCCAAGGUUCCGGAAGUGCAUAAACACCUUUGGAAGCUACAUUUGCAAAUGCCAUGAAGGAUUUGACCUGAAAUACAUCAAUGGAAAAUACCAAUGCCUAGAUGUGAAUGAGUGCACCACUUCACAGCACCAGUGCGGCAGCUUCUCCACCUGCUACAACACCCCUGGCUCCUACAAAUGCAAGUGCAAGGAUGGUUUUCGGGGAAUGGGCUAUGACUGUAAACCUAUACCCAAAGUCAUCAUUGAGCCUCCCCAGCCUGGCAACAGCAAUCCCAAUAAGAUUCCAGAUUCAGAUCGUAAGAGGACAACCACCACCAUCCGUACCCCAGUCACGCCAAGGAAAACAGCCACUACUACUACGUCUCCUACAACUAAGUCUUCAACCACCGCUGUGGUUCCAAAGAGAACAACCCCUGCUCCGGCCCCAACCACCCAGAGAGAAGCAAAGUCCCCCACCACACGCCAGCCCCCCGUCACCACGGUUUCAGUGGUCACCACUGUGGACAACAGGAUCCAAAAGGAAGUGACCCAGAAGCAAAGGGGGGAUGUCCACAUUCCCCGGAAGCCAGGAGAAAACAGUGUUUUGGAAAAUGUUGAUAUAGAACUGGAUUACACAGUGGAGGAUGGUGAAGUUGGAGAUGAUUCAGAUGUUGCUCUUCAAAGCUGUAAUUUUGACAAUGGUCUAUGUGGGUGGAUCAGGGAUAGAGAAGGAGACCUGCACUGGGAAACAACUGUGGAUUCUUCUGGUGGAAAGUACCUGACAAUUCCUGAGGUUGGUGAUAAACGAGGAGGAAGAGUGGCCAGGCUGGUGAUUCCCCUGAAGGAGCCCUGGAACACGGGUAACCUGUGCCUGACCUUCAGACACAAGCUGUCUGGGCACCAUGUGGGCAAUCUGCAGGUGUAUGUGAAGAAAGGAAGACAGCAGAGUCCGGCAGUGUGGAGCAGGACUGGAGGCCAUGGCUGGAGGCAGACCCAGAUCACACUGUGGGCAUCAGGACUGGACAGCGUCAUCUUGAAAGGAGAGCGUGGGAGAGGUAGGAUUGGAGAGAUCAGCGUGGAUGAUGUUAGUCUCAGAAGAGGUUCCUGCACGGAAGAGCACAAUCUGAGAAGACUUUAACGUGAUGACAAAAAAAACUGGAAUGGACACUGCUCCUCAACUACUUGGAGUAUAUGAUUCACGGGACAAGAAGCCUGAACAGAGCAAUUCCAAAGAAGUGUGUCUCAAAUUGAGAAAGAUUAGAGAAAAACAGUCAGAAUAAUGGACUUCUCAAUUCAUUUUCUCUCCUUUUCUUGUUCUCUUUGUGUAUAUUCUGUGCAUGCUCCACUAAAGCAGAGGAAUGCUGGCAUGAGUGUUAAUCACAAUGUGAACCUAUUUUCAUCUUAUGAAUCCUAGUGAAAUUGUAUUUAUCUUUACCUCUAAAAGUGGAUUCUGUCCUGCCAUUUGUUUGUUUUAAAGAAUUAUGUCUUAUUCAUAUCUAAAAAUUAUUAUUGUGUGCCACACUCUUCAUUCUGGGAAUAAUUCCUAUUACAACUGUGUUGACAUUUUUGAAAUUGACUUUUUUUAAAAUAAGCUUCUCUGUGCUGACCAGUUGACAUUAAAUAGUAUUGACUAACUUCACAACUUCAAGUAAAUGAUUUGCUCUAAAUAUGCAGCUAUUGAGUUGGUAGGAAUUCUUUUUCAGGGUGGAUGGAUAUUGUUUAUAUACUGUAACAUCUACAGGAGUCAUCCAAUUAAUUUCCAUUUUUAACAGUCUUUUACCAUAUUUAAACAUGUUAAAAAGCAAUAUUUUUGUAUUAGAACAUAUGGUAUUCAUGCCACCAGUAAAAAAAAUCACCAUUUUCUAUACAAUACAUGUAUUUAACUAAUUUAAUCCUAGAUGUACUCCAACAAUAAGCUUGUGCUUCAGAUGCUGUGCAGAACCUAAGUGAGAAAUAUGGUAGUAAAAUGUUGGCACAAAGUAUGAAACGGGGAAGUAAGUUACUGGGCUACUAGUAUGGCUACUGAUCUGCAUAGCCAAACAAUUAGUUUUUGCCAAAAAAAUACCCUCAGAAUUCAGACAGCACUAAAUUGUAAUAAUUACAAGAUGUAUACUGUAUUUAGUAUAGUUCAGAAUGGAGAGAAACAGUUUGGAGAAAGCCAUGUGAAGAAUUUAAAGAGGAGUUUUUGCUGCCCAAAGUGAAAUUAGGAGAGCUAAUUUAAAUCUGGGGAAUGUGUGGGAGCUAAAGAUGUUGGAGAUCUUGUUCACUAACAGAAGACGUAAUGAGUAGAGGACCGUAUUGGAAAAGUCAAUGAAUCAUAUUGGAAAUUUCAGUGCAAGGAGGUUUAUCUUUCGAACUAUGAUCUGGAGCACAUGAACUGUAAUCGUCCACGUCCGUCACACCAGUUGUUUAAGCACAUGCAUACAGUCUUUGUUUAAUAAUAUGUGUGACAGGAGGCAAAAAACAAAACCGAGAUUAAAAUGUGAUUUUGUUUACGUUGUCUGACUGAAAUACAAAAUACAUUUUUCUUUUCUGCCUUUGAUCGUUUAUAUAUAGCAUACCUCUGAAUAAGAUGCUGUAAAUAUUCGGUGAGACAGAAAGUGUUACAGAAGUGACGUCCUGCCCUUGAAAGUGAGACUGUAGGCUUCUUUGUGGCCAAGGGCUGUAUAGGGAAAGGCACUAUUUGCGAUCGAACAACUGCAACUGAAUCGCAGCAGGCAGUGCCACAUCAAUCACAUAAAAUCAGCAAAAAAACAGCCUGUUGUUAGUUUUCACAGAUUUGUCUUUUGGAAUAAUCACCUGUCAGAGCAAGCUUAGCAAGCAUUUGCAGUACAUUUUCAUCAUGCAUGGGCUAGUAAUAGUAUUCAAGAAAGCAUUAAGACAUUUUCAACAUACAGUAUACACAUCAAGGUUAUAUUUUUGGAUUUAUUGUAUGUUCAUUAAAACUAUUCUAAAAAUAAAGAAACGGCACACACUUUGAAGCUGAAUGCAGAAUAUUUGAUAAGAAGAUGUUAUUUAAACGGAAAGCCAAAAAACGUUAGCUUUCGUAUGCAGGUAGAGGGUCAAGCUCGUAUGUUAGAUUACAUUGAGGAGGCAAAUUUAUCAGGUGUUUUAAAUUUUUUUUCAAAUGUUCCUGUCUCUGAACUCACUGAUCAUUUUUUACAGCAGAAGUAUAAAGGCACUGCCUGUGAAUUUAGAUGGAAAAAGGGUGAAAAAUCUGUAUUCUAGAUGUAUUUUAAUGUUUCAUAUUUAUUCGUGUCAAUCAUAUGGCCUUUACCACUUAAAAGAAAUUUGGAUUAAAAAUCAAGACAAUACAUUUAUCUUUUGUUUUCAUACGAAGGAGAAAAACAGUGGUUUGAAGAAAAAGAAUAAUUUGACAUGGAACUAGUGACAGUUAUUUAAUAGACAUCAGUUUUUAUAAAAAUGUAAUUAAAAUGUGCUGGUCUUCUCAGACAGGUUUACCAUGCUUCUGUAGAGCCGGGAACAGCAGUAUAAUCAUUUGAGUAGGUUAUUAAGCACUGUUUCAUUAAUGUAGUAUUUCUAUGAAUCAGCCAAGAACGUACAGUACUGUAGCAAUACUGCCAUUAUGAAAAGCAUUGAGUUAAUUUCUAUGUAUUUUGUUUGGUGCUUUUUAUUAUACUGAUGAAUGGCUUGAAUUAUUUUCAAGUUACUCAUGUGUAGGAUUGUAAAUAUAUGUACCGGGCCCUGCUAUAUUAAAAUGAGCAUCCCCUAAAACAUUGUGGAUUUGUUCAGUUUUACUACACAAUUUCAGUCAUGUCAUGUCAGUUAUAUCAUUCUUAACUCUUUUAGCAUCUGUGUCAGGCCCUGCAGGGGGUACAGGGUCACACUGAUAGACAUUACAGUGUUUGCAUCUGCUCUGUGCAAGACUGGGGGUUGUACAGGGGUGCUCAUUUUAAUUUGGCCAGGUUCUGCAUGUGUGUAUAAAACCUCAUUCUAUUCACUUAUAUAAACAUUUCUAAAAUUUUGUAUAUAUUCUAAAACAUUUUCAUGCUGGUGCAAAGUAAAAAGUGUGGUACAAAGCUGUUGAAAUCAGUCUAAAACAAAUCUGUAAGAACUGUGGUUUCUUAUGUAAAUGAUUUUUCCCCUGUAAUUUAAGUUCAAAGUUGUGGAUAAACUAAAAACUCAAACCGUAUUAAAUGUAGUAACUCAACAGUAUUCUGCUGUUUACAUGGUUAAAUAUUAUGGGGUUUAGUUUUCAUGGGGAAAUGUGACAAUUUCCUGUUAUGCUUGAGGAUAACUAUUAACUUGUACAAUAGUCUAGUUGAAUACUAGAAUGGGUCUCAGUGAUAGUGUGACUGAAUGCACAGGCCCACAUAUUCUUGUACUAAAACAUUAAUUUUCAACCAGUGUUAUACUCAAUAAAAAUGUAAAUAAACUUUCAGUUUUCUAACUGUGAAUGGGUCAAAAGCACUGAUCUGCUGUGUUCACAGAAAAUGUUACAGAGAGACCUAAUCCAAAUUUCGAGUAAAAAUUAUAUGUACAGUAUUUACCUUU